UUCAUUUCACUCGGGUUUUGGCAAUGGCAAUCUGUGUGAAAAGUUUCAUGAUUGUCGGACGCUGCACAGAUUUAUUUCUUAUUUACUUAAACUGCUUCCAUUCGUAGGCGUUUGUUUACUUGUUUAGUGCGGAAAGUGUAAUAUUUAAAUAUUUCAUGGUUGAGAAAGUGUAUGAAUACAUUGACAUCAUAGCGGGUUCGAUACAAUUUCGCAUACUCUAAACCUGAAAUGUGUCAGAUGACAGAUCAAAGUCCUGAUAUGGAAGACAAAGUGGUAGUGAUUUGAAAAUGGAUCUUGCUAUUAGUUUAGUGAAGGAACAAUGAGUGCUCCGAGUGGGUGUGUGAGCUGCAAGGAUGAGUCAGAGUUUGAUGGAAGGCAUGAGGCAGAGUGGUCGGAGGGCGAGGACGCUCAGAUCCGCCUCGCGCCCCACGUGCAGGCCUACCUCGCACACAACAACCCCACCACUAACUGCUGUGGCCUCACUAUACCCAUCGCUUUCGAAAGAGCUGCAACUGGAACUUGGUGGAACCCAAGAUUCGACUCUGAAAUACUCGAAGGCCAAUACAGAAGCAGUUCCUUUAGACAGAUAAGACUAAGAUUCAGAUUUGCACUUUUAUACAUUUUGAUAUUUUCUAUAUCAUGGUUUGUCUACUUUGUGGUCCUGGGCUUGAACGGUAUAACAAUCAAAUGGCCAUCUCUAUGUUCAAUAUUUGCUGGAGUCCUCUUGAUAACAUCUGUCAUGCUAUUUAUCACAUUUACAAAUGUUUACAAAGUGUAUACCUUUAAAUUAUCCUUAGUCAUGGCACUAGCUUUAUGUACACUCAGCCUGUCCCUGGUGACUCUAACCACGCAGAUGGAGUCGGCGAUGUACCAUGCGGCAGACAUCAGCCAAUCAGGACACUUCACUAUGUGUAUAGAGAUACUGCUCAUUAUAUACACCCUAACACCUUUACCUCUGUAUGCCUGUGUUAUUAUUGGCCUUCUGUAUUCCAUCGUCUUUGAAGUUCUCAACAUAGUGCUGCACCUAUCCGAACAAAAUUGGCAGUUCCCUGGAAUGUUUGUCAGAAUUCUACUGCAACUAUGUGUCCACAUUAUUGGCGUGCAUAUUUACUUAAUGACAUUUGUGAGAAUGCGGGGCACGUUUAUGAAAGUAGGGCAAAGUUUGCUAGUACGGCGACAGUUAGAGAUGGAAAAGCAACUAAAAGAGAAGAUGAUACACUCAGUGAUGCCGCCGAAACUUGCCAGCUGGCUGAUGGAGGAACAGGUGCUCGAAUCCGAACCUAAUCUUAAGCCUCACAACCCAUUAAACCCAAGAAACUCCAAUCCUGGCGCGUCAGACAUAAAGUCAUUGUUCAGACCUUUUAAUAUGAGCUGCAUGGACAACGUCAGCAUCCUGUUUGCCGACAUCGUCGGCUUUACGAGGAUGUCCGGUAACAAAGGUGCUGAAGAAUUGGUGAAUAUACUAAAUGAUCUAUUUGAAAAGUUUGAUGAGCUGUGUCAAGUUCAUGGAUGUGAAAAGAUAUCGACUUUAGGCGAUUGCUACUAUUGUGUCUCGGGCUGCCCCGAGCCGAGACCUGACCACGCUACGUGCUGUGUAGAAAUGGGAUUAGGCAUGAUAGAGGCUAUACAGGAGUUUGAUCGAGAGCGCAGUGAGGGAAUCAAUAUGAGAGUAGGAGUUCACACUGGGACCGUGCUAUGUGGGAUAGUUGGCACGCGCCGAUUUAAAUUCGACGUUUGGAGCAAUGACGUCACUUUCGCUAACAAGAUGGAAUCCACCGGCAAGCCGGGCCGCGUGCACAUAUCUGAGGAAACUAGUCGAUUUCUCGGAGGCUCCUACGUUUUGGAGGAAGGCGAGGAAGUAUUUGGUCACAAAACCUACUUCAUAGAAGGCCGCCAGCUGCACUCCCCGUACGAUCACGAUCAGUGCCUGACCCCCUCUAACCCUGUGAAUUUACGUCUUAUAAUAUCGCCCGCAGCGUCCCCGCAAUCCAUCCUCUCCUUCAACCACUCCCCGCUGCCGCUGUCGUCGCGCGGCAGCGUCAAGGAGCCGCGCACUCCCCGCAAGGCUGACGCUAACAACUUCCUAUCCCCGACUCCCUUCAAUUUCCGUACUAAAGCCAGUUCACUGCCGAGCAUAUUGGACUCCGACGCUGAACUGGAGGAGAAGAGAGAGAACGUAUUCCUCGAAAGAGCGGACAGUUCGUCCAAGAGCCCUACUUCAGUUGGGAGCUAUGGGAAAUAUACGAAUAAGUUGAAAAGUUGGAAGGUGCCCAAGUUUUUGAGGAAGCAUUCCGAUACGCCGUUGCAUGAGUUGAAGAAGCAGGAUUUGAAUGAUAAGGGGAUACAUUUUCUGGAACGGGGUGAUGGGGUUGCUUCUAACAAUGGUUACCAUCAAGUGCCUAUAGUCAUAGAAUCUCAAGACAAUAAGAUGCGUGUGGCGAGCAGUAGUAAACUGAAUGUUCCUGUGAGCCAGGAGAUGGCUAGCUUCGAGCGUGAGAUCAUCGACAUCCGAUCCUAUCUCAGCCAGUCGCGCAGUAAUAUGUCUCCCUUCGCCCGUAGCAGCAGUUACCGCUCGCAAUACGGCAGACCUAACAACAUCGAGGUGCCAGUAUGCCGCGCUCGUAGUUCGACCCUGACGACGCAAGGCGAGGCGCGCCCCCGUGAGCGCCGCCUCCACCUGCCGCUGCCCUCGCCACAGCCGCGCGCCCCCGACGACGCCGUCAGCCUGUGCCCCUCCGUCAACAGCCGCAAGGACUCCGGCAUCAGAAGCACCAGUCGUCGGUCCAGCAUACAACAACAGAUAUUCGCCCUGAACCACACAUUAGCGGCAUCACAGAACGACAUGCUGCAACAUCGUGUCUCUGGCUAUUACACUUCAAGCCAAUCAUCAUUGAACGAGACGUCCCGAGCACGGUUGCCGCCGCCUCUUGACGACAAGCAAGUCCAAUCCCUUCAGAAGCUGCGGAAACAGUCGGAUUUACAGCUCAUACGCUGCGUCCAGGACAAUGCCAGGUCAGGAAUCAACUACUUCGUACAACCACCCCUUAACAGGUUCACGCUGUUUUUCAAAACUCCGGAGAUUGAACGGCAUUAUAGGGACAAGGCGCACCGAAGCGAUGAUACGGAGGACUUCCCGCCGACGCUAACUACUUCCCGGUUCAACACAGCACUUGAUAUUCUCGUCUCGGCGGUUAUAUUCAUCGCCGUAGCAGUUUCCACCUUCCUCAUCUACGAUCAAUGGCGGCUCUCCAUAGGCUGGUUCAUUUCUUUCAUUCUCAUUGAAGUUGUGGCCAUGACGCUCUGCGUCUACAGACACUACCUAAAAUGGAAGACGAAAACCGAUCCAUUCGACCCCCAGAAUAACCAACUCAGGAAAUCCGAUAAAGUGUUCAAAUAUCUAUCGAACUGGUACCCCUGGCAUGUAUCAGGGAGUCUAUUGAUUAGUUUGCCGAUUCUAGCGGUACUUAUAAAUUUCUCUUGCCAAAAUACGACUAUGACUAUAUUGAAAGGCGAACAGUCUUUCUACGUGUAUCUUUUAACUAUUAGCAUUGUGCAUUUUUGUAACUUCACGCAAAUGAACUGGCUCGUCAAGAAUGUGUUGGUGACGAUGUACGCGGGACUAUUCUUGUUUCUGGCGGUGUUCGGUUGCCGCGAAGUCAAUACUCGAAUAUUAGAUGGUGAUAUUAAUUUGACUCCUCCGGUAAUCGCCCAUAACUUCAGUGAUCCUUCUAAUAUGACCCUGGAUAUGCUCGAUCAGAUGUUCCUAAACAACACCAGCGAAUUUGACGGGGGCAUGCAUCACCAAAUCCAUUUGACAGAAUUAUAUAUAGACAUAGCCCUGCUUCUGAUGCUGGUGUGGUUCCUGAACCACGAGUUCGAAAUCAGUUACCGCUUGAGUUUCUAUAGCAAUAUGGUGGCGAACAGGGACAAGCAGAGAGUACAAAAUAUGAGGAAUCAAGCGGAUUGGCUGCUGCACAACAUAAUACCUCGCCACGUUGCCGAUCAACUUAAAAAUACUGCCAAAUAUUCUGAAAACCAUAAGGACGUAGGGAUAAUAUUUGCGAGUAUAAUCAAUUUUAACGAAAUGUACGACGAAUCGUAUCUGAAGGGGAAGGAGUUUUUGCGAGUGCUCAAUGAGCUGAUAGCGGACUUUGACGAGCUGUUGGAGAGACCUGAGUUCCAGCACGUGGAGAAGAUUAAGACAAUCGGUAGUACAUUCAUGGCGGCAAGCGGGCUAAAUCCUGAUCUACGCCACGCCUCACGUGCCACGUACGACCACCUCUUCCAGCUGGUCGAGUUCGCACUCGAAAUGCAGAAGGUAGUCGACAACUUCAACCAAGACUUGUUAGAAUUCGACUUCAUUCUUAGAAUCGGGUUUAAUUUCGGCGAUGUUACGGCCGGGGUCAUCGGCACUACCAAGUUGUACUAUGAUAUCUGGGGGGAUGCAGUGAAUAUUGCGUCGCGGAUGGACUCGACGGGCGUGCCCAAGCGCAUACAAGUAGGCGAGGCCUGUAUCCCGGUACUGUCCACGUGGUACGACUUCGAGCCUCGCGGCAGCGUCUACGUCAAAGGCAAGGAUAACAUGAAUGUUUACCUCCUCGUCGGCAGAAAGGAACCUUAGAUAGGCGACAUAAUGUGAAGAAAAGUAGAAUCUGUGAUUUUAUUGUAUAUUUUACGUAUUGGUAACUUAAAAAAGUAGGAAAUUGUACACUUUAAGCAUAAGGUGAUGCUUUUUUACCGUAUUUAUUUAGGCAAGAAAAUGUUAGGGGCUUGAUGAAAUACUCCAUGUGUUAUAAUAUAAGGCUAUUAAUUUAUUGUUAGAUGAGCUUUUGUGCCUGUUCGGGCAGUGUGCGACCAUUUAGAAGUAUGGUAUUUAUACAAAGUGCUAAAAUCUCCUUGCCUAUAUUUAUAAUUAAAAAAAUCUGUGACCAGUGAUCUAGUCUGCGAAUUAAGUUCGGUAAGGGCGGUCCAGUAGAAAAUUUACAGCUGGAUAAUUGUAUUUACACUUUCCUAUUAACUGAAGAGUCUUGGCGGUAGGCGUGAGAAACCGUUGAUUCAAUUUGGGACCGUCCGGGAAAUAAGAUAAAGUUGUAUAUUGAAUUAUACACACCUCUACUAAAGUUACGAAUAUUAAAAAUUAAUAUAUUUUGUAUAUAAAAUGGAAAUAUUUACCCAUUUGUGGAUAGAUAGUAUUGUUUGGGAUAAUUAAAAUGCAGACGAUUAUUAUAAACGAAAUAAAUGGUACUAAUAUUUCGUAGUAGUGGUGUAGAUUGAUUUAGUAAUUUAAGUUGACGUGCGCAUUUUUGCGUGAUUUGUGUAAUUUGUGUAUGAGGUUGGCGUAUGGGGUCCUGUGUUCACCGUGUCCUGUCCUGUCCUAUAUAUUUAUAACAGUCUAUAUAUACCAUGGAAUAUGACUUCCAGGCAGCUCAGAAUAGCAGGUUAUAGAAAACUAGCUCUAAGUGUCAACUAUGAAUUAUUUUUUUUUAAAUUUAAGACAAAAUAAAUUGUAAAUAGAACUGUAUCGCGUUUCGUGAUAUAUGAUAAAUUAUUUUAUAUUUAUUAAUACCGGACCCUUAGGAGCGCCUCAUGAUGUCGUACUGACAAUUAUGUAUAUUGGCACAAAUUAUUAUAUUUAUGAAAUGCACGAGAUUAGGAAUGAAAUGAAAUUAAUUAAUUAUACAUAUAUUUUUUACUGUGACUACGACUAACAAAGAGUACCUAUAAAUGAAAAAAAAAAACAUUUUUAUUACGAGACUAUUUAUAUUUACAUUAUUCACUAAUUCUGAGAAACAGAAAUAGUUUAAAUUUUUUAUACAAAUACUUGGAACUUUCUCUUACUGUAUUAAAGUAUAUUAUGUAAUAUAUACGGGGAUGUAUCGUGUAAUAUGCAUUAUCGAUGUAGCGACCGAUUGCUGAAGACUUUUUUUUAAAUUUUGACUUCAAUACUUACUGUAAUAUGCAGAUUUUGAUAUAAAGAGAAUAGCUCAGAAUGUAUCAGUCUUUUAUACCCUUAAAACGUAGCAUGAUUAGUGACAUAUUUCUCGUCUCUUUCAUACUAAGCUGUAUACCGUUGGUGCGAAAGGGACAUAUAUCUCUCGUCUUUGUCGCACUAGGCGAUGGUACUUCUGUCCUGUUGUCAUUCUAAUCAUGCUACUAUGAUAAGUAAAGUGUGUUAGCGAUUAAUACUAAUUAAUCCUUGUGCUGUCCAAACGGAAAAUUCUGUAUCUAUUAACAUUAACCCUGACUCUUGCAGACACCCAGUUUUAUUUUAAGUUAUACCCUUCAUUUUCUUAUCCGCCGAAAAAUAAGGGACGGAUGCUUGACAACUAUUAAUUUCAAAAGGAAGGAGCCCGGGGUAAUAAAAUAGGCGCUAAUAUGAAAUCCGUUUGACAUGUGCUGUCAUCUUAAUAUUGCCAAUGUAAAAUUUUAAGGUUUUUUAAAUUUCCACCUUACAUUGACGUGUGUUCCAUAAAUUUUAUGCCUGUCGAUUGCUCGUCCCUUUCAUUUUCGGUAGAUAAAAAAAUGACAGGUAUAACUUAAACUUCGAUGGUGUGUAUUGCACUCAGCACCAUUAUGUAAAUAAGUGUUCUUGUAGGUUCAGUGAAAGCAAUGUCUUUAAUGUGAAUACGACGGAUCAUGGUAUAAGAAAACCAGGUAUGCUCAAAAGUGACAGCUAACAUUUCAAGGUUAGCCCAGCUGACGUCGUCCCACCUUGCGUUGCCAUUUCUUAAAAAAUAAAUUACCCACGUCCAAUGUUUUUAAUUAGUAAACUUUUAGUAAAAGAUUUACUUCCAAUUUUAAUGAAUUUUAUACAUGUGACAAGUAAUACUAAUUAAAUACAUUAAACAGUCAUUCUCUUAAAUUUCAAUAAUAAAAUUUACGUCCUGGGAACGGUGGAGAUACCAAUUUAAUGGUAACACAGUGGUAACACUUACGUCAUCAAACGGCUAGCAAUGGCGGCUUUUCAUGGUUUGAGCAUAUUUGUUAUACCAUGUGAUGGAUAAUGUAUGUAAUGGUGCCUAUUCGGGCGCACACAAACUUAACACAAUUUUAGUUUGACAGCUCUUAUGUAACUACUGUCCUUUACUAACAAUACGGGCAAGAAAGAGCUAGUUUUAGUCCUGUCAAAUUAAGUGGGUGGUUGUUCGAAUCGACACCAUUGUUGAAAGAAUGACGUUUUGUUAUAGCACGGCACGAUACGUAUUUGAAAAGGGACGAUUGUGAGUGAAAUCGAUCGAAAUGGGCUACUUGACAGUUUUCGGAUAAGUGUUUUAAAAACUACAAUUGCUUAUUUUAUACCUCUAAAAAUAUUUUAUUUGCUUUAUUUAAUAGAAAAAAAAACUCAUUUUUCUUCAAUUAUUUUAAAUUUCGCGCGAAUACGUUUGGUCGCGUGACGUUUUACCCAGUGACGUCAUAUUUCAACAAACAAAGAAACUGUCAAACUGUAUAACUUGAAAUCUGUCAGAUACGUUUUUGUUUGUUUUGUGAAAUGUCACAUGACACGGAGCUCAAUCAUGGCCGCCCGUGUUUCAGGUUUUGUAAUACACGGAUAAAAGAAUCCAUUCAUAUUUUGUAAAAAUAAAAUACUAAUAAAAAAAAAAUCUAUUGGAUAAUUAUCGAUUAAUCAUAAACUACCAUAUCCGACAUGUUUCAUAUUUUGUUACAACUGUCAAGUAACCAAUUAUGUAUUGUAAAGCGAAAUCAUGAAUGUCGGUCUUUACGAGCGUUGAUUACUCUUUGUAUUCACAUUUAACUGUCACAAAUUCGCGAGCGAUAUGCGCAGUGCCAUGACAUAGCGAUUCCCCUGUAUUAGGUAAUCUUCAACCUUAUGAUAAAAUCCUUGAUUAUACAUUCCACUUGUAUUUUAACUAUUUGCCUUCGAUAUGACUAUUUAACCGACUUUGAGAAGUAGGAUAGAACUCCGACACUAAGGUUGAUGAGGUUGGAAAUCCUCACAACCCACACGAUAGAAGAAGGUUUUCUAUUUACAAAUAAAUACGGAUGGAAGUCGGUCAGAAUGAGUGACUUUCCAAUCGACGUACCCCAAACACACGAUAGAUGGCGUUGUUCACUUUUAACGUGACAAUAACCUAUUUUCUCAUUGCUGGGGUACAUAAUUAUUCAAAACUGUAAUGUAAUCGUAGAAGCAUAUAUAAAACUAAUUGUUGCUUGAUAUUUGUAUCAAAUCAUGUAUAGAAAGUUGCUACCUAUAUUGCUUUUCUUUAUUUUGAUCAGAAUUAUAAUGGGUGGAAGUUGUAACUGUACCUUGGUGUAAUAAAAAGGGUCAUCAUUUGUACCCAAAAACAAAGACAAACGAUGCGCAUGUCUGUUAUCCAUGAAAUUAGAAGCUUAAAUGAGGAGAAAACUUAACAACGCCAUCUAUCGUGUUUUUGGGGAACCCCGAUAGCAAAGGCCCUCAUUGAAACGAAUGUGUACUUUUACCUAACGUUGGACCAAAACUGGAUUAGUAGGUGUAUUUAGCUCUCUUUGUAAUGUUACCUCCUCUAAAGUAUAUAGAUUCAAACUUAUUUAUUAAAUCGUGAGGCGUACGCUAAAACUUGCGCGCGUCUCGCGUGGGUCAGACCAAUAUAAUUAUGUUAUAUAAGUUUCCUAGGUCAAAGAUAAAUUAUGAAUUCUGAUUACUAAAUAAAGACCGAUCUAAUGAUAACAAAAAACGUUUUUGUUUCUAUUUUACUUACUUAUGAUUUUUUAUAAUUUUGUCAGAACGACACAGGUUGCAUUUUUAUACAAAUUCCAUAGUAAUUUCGUGUUUUGACAUUUAGUAAAAAGUAACUGAUUUGACUAGUUGGAAACUACCCUAUUCUACAAACUUGAUCAUCACCCAGUCAUAGAAUAAUGACUAAUACUACGUAUAGAGCGGUCAGCUCCGUGGUCUAGUGGUUAGAGCGUAAGGCUCACGAUCUGGAGGUCCGGGUUCGAUUCCCGAUGGGGACAUUGUCGAAAUCACUUUGUGAGACUGUCCUUUGUUUGGUAAGGACUUUUCAGGCUUGAAUCACCUGAUUGUCCGAAAAAGUAAGAUGAUUCCGUGCUUCGGAGGGCACGUUAAGCCGUUGGUCCCGGCUAUUAGCCGUAAAAAACACUUCCACCAACCCGCAUUGGAGCAGCGUGGUGGAGUAUGCUCCAUACCCCCUCCGGUUGAUUGAGGGGAGGCCUGUGCCCAGCAGUGGGACGUAUAUAGGCUGUUUACGUACUACGUAUAGAGCGGUCAGCUCGCGCCCCGCACCAAUACGUAUCGGGCCGACCUCACCCCCUCUGGGUCUUACUUUAGUCCUAAAUGGCGGUAAGCCACUAAGGAGUAAGAGGGAAAGCGCGCGGACUGUGUCUCGCUCGAACACGCGCGUUACACGGUACAAAUGAGAUUCUUGCGUGGAGUGUCUUUGGUGUGACACAGUGUAAGUUGAUCGCAAGCGACGACCGCAGAGCAGACCAUCUUACACUGGAUGAUGAAUAAGCUUGCAGUAAUAUCUGACAUAAGUUGGUCUGACGCCUGGCCCGCGCGAAUUUUAACUCACGCCCGACAAAUUCAAGUACUGGGGGCCUUAAAAGUCACCUUGAAGCAAUUAUUAUCGAUAUUGUCAUUUGACAUUUAUUGAUAUUGCGCACUCUUUUUUAAUUGCGCAAAUGUCAAACAAUGCUUUAGAUGAAUUGCUUCAAUGUAGCCUUUUUACAAUCCCUGGAGUUGAUAAAUGUAAGAAAACUUGUUUGUGAUAAAUUUACGAACUGUAUAUUAUAUUAGAAGCGAAAGUGAAGCCCAAAUUGUUCAUAAUAAUUCUUCAUGUAAAACUUAGAAUGGUAAUAUGACAUUGUAGUUAAAAUUUACCCGUAUUUACUGUUUCAUAGACUUCGAUCAUACAUAUUUGUAAAUGCACACACUAUAAACUAGCUAAGCAAAUCGAAGCGAUGCGCCUCGUUUCGUUUUUGUUAGCGCAUCGCGUUUCCUUAUUUAUCUCAGUUACUGAAGGCUUAAAUUGGAUUAAACUCUACGACACUUAUAACUUUUUCAAAAUACUUCAUAUAUUUAUAUUAGGGUUGACGCAGAGACGAUAUUUAGUUUGAUUUUUGUAUGGAACUGUACAUCUACUAAUAUAUAUUGUAUAAGAUCGAAGUCCACAGACGUCCUUUUUAUGCACGAUGACGUAUUUUGCACUUAUAUAAUGCUAAUAUAUUGAAAUAUUGUAUUUGGUCCGAUUCUAUGACUGAAGAUGCCACGGUGCUGGUACUGACAAUGUAAAAAUGGUCUUAUUAGAACUACAAACAAUCUCUAGUAGCUUGCAUGUACGGGUUGCAUGAUUAGGUAUUAGAAACCCUUUAAUAUAGGACAUGAAAUAUAAAGAUAAUAAUAUUUGUUUGUGUAAAAUGUGUGUAAUAGACGGUAAUUGCUUCAUAAUAUGUAAUUGUGAUGCCACUUCGCCAUUUACAUUACACGUCAUAAAAUGUAGCUUGUUUAUAAUGACAGCUGACAGAACAGUAUAUAAUAAAGAUAUUUGUCCCUUUCGUGACACAACAUUGCAUCACAAGAGGUGCGUUCACCAGUGGUUCACACACCCACUCCCCGCCAGAUAUAUUUAAGUAAUAAGGGGCGAGUCACUCAAUCAACCAAUAAUUCUUUAUUGCAUAACGACAUAUACACAGGACAUAAACAUACGAAUAAAAAUAAGCACAAUAGGCGGCCUUAUUGCUAAACAGCAAUCGAGUCGAUUGCCAUUAAUGGAGCACCACAUCCUGGGAACCACGUGGUAUCGAUUAUGAUUCAAACAUUAAUUCAAACUUGAAUGUCGAAUUCAGUGGUUUAGAAGCCGAGCCCUGAUUCGAACUCGUGAGUCUUCCGAACAGAACUAUCGCCGAUCCAAUCUCUUUCGCAUUAAGCUAUAUAGAUUAUAUAUUAUAUUUCUGUCCUGCUCUCAUUCUCGAAAAGCUAUAUUUAAUGUGAGUUUGAAAUCCUAUUGCAUGCAAGUUACUUUAAUGUAGUAGAAACGUUUAACCCGUUUACGUCCAAAGGUACCAUUUAGAAGCUAAAUAAGUGUAUAUUUGAGAACAACAGAAAGGCAUGAGCUAAGAGAUUAAAUUGAAAAUUACUAGUCUCUACUAAGAAUAAAAGACGACUAAAUUAUCCUAAGAUAUAGUAUUUAUUGAAUUAUUUAUUAAAUUAUAUUUAAAUAUAAAAUCAUUGAUUAUGAUGUUUUUAAUACGGAUCAAAUGUUGAAUUAUUUAUUCUUUGGAGACUAGUGUAUUUUCCCGCACCGUUUAUAAAUAGUGUAGAUAUUUAUGUACCAAUGGCAUGGAAACCGUAUACCGCGCGCGACGUGUUAAAUGAACUAACGCCAUUGGCUACGCGAUAAAUAAACCAAUUCUAUUGGUUCAAAUUAUCGCAUCGCGCGCUAGCGCGGCUCGAGGCUACGGGAAAUGGUAGUAGGAAAGGAAAUUUGUAAGUGCUCAGACGUCAUUUGAUACGAUGGAAGACUGUAAUAGGUAGGAUGCUUGUCUGGGUCUCAAAAUGGCCCUAGAAAUUCAAGUAGCGAAUAAAGGUAAAUAUUGAAAGAACCACUUUUUGAUCUCAAUUUUGUCUACUGUCUCGUAUAUCGCAAAGCCUUGAAUUUUAAUAUUUUGUAAAACUACAAAUAUUUUUUUCCCCUGUCUAGCACGAAAAAGGUCUCUCGUGUAAAAACAGUGUAAAAAUCUGCAUUUUAUCCACUUAAGAUACAAAGUAGCUUUUUAAUUUUGUACUCGGACUUUCUCGCAAGAGAAGGCAUGGGAACAUAGCCAUACAGCCUGCAGUGUAAACUCCGCGAUUUUUAAUGAUAUUUAUUAAAAUAAUUGUAUGCUUUUUUCGCUGGUAGGGGUGAAAAGUUAUAUGUUUCACACGAGAGGAAACUACUUCGCUAGUUUGUAAUUCACUCUGAACUGGUGUAAUAAAACAUUUUCCCCUCUUGUAAUAACUAUUAUUCAGUUUUGUAUUUAAUGCGACUGUUCGUUACGUCAUAUCGCUGUUUUCGAAAUUCGUUUUUCUAAUUUCCAUUACACAUUUUGUCCUCUCAAUAUGAACAAUACAAUUUUGAAUGUAUAGUAAUAAAUUGUUAUAUUUAUAUUUUGUCAAUGCUGAACAUUUUUAUGUUUUUAUUUUGGGAAAUAUAUGUAUGAUUUAAAUGA